UUCCAAUCUUCAUGGUUCUUUCUACUCUUCUUGCAUCGAAGUUAGGGCUCACAAGCUCUUCGCGUUCGGGGUGAUUGAGCGAUCGAUCAGUGCACAGCGUUGAAUCGAGAGCGAGCACGCCGCAUCACAAGUUCCCCCCCUGCGUGCCGCCGCGGAAGAGUGAGGAGCUCCGAUUCACCUUCCCUGUCGGCGGCCUCCUAACGAGAGAGAAACCGGAAGUGGUGGAUGUUUUGAGGUGCUUUUUUGAUGGAUCUGAAUGCGUCACCUUCGCCUGAAGAAGAUGAGCGACCAUACAAAGAGCAUUUGGAGGGUGAAAUCGUACACGAGGAAAUUAUCGAGUCUGCCGUUGCUACAAUGCGACGGGAACGUGAAGAAAGGCGGCAGAAGUUGAAAAGAGAAAACCGUGAUGAAGGUCAUAAAUAUUCUCAACAACAGAGGAACAAUUAUAUGUCACAAAGUAGAAACACUAAGCAUCAUGGGAGAGUUAAGGAGGUUCCUCAAGGUUGGCUAGAUUGCCCUUCAUAUGGGCAAUGCAUAGGGCUCAUAAUUCCUUCAAAAGUUCCUCUGGAUGAGACAUACAAUGAAAGUGUUCUACCUGGAAAAAGAUAUUCUUCAAAACAAGUCAUUAAUAAACUAAGAAGUCAAGGCCGUGAACUUGGACUGGUCAUUGAUUUGACUAAUACAAGCCGCUAUUACUCGCAAUCAGAAUGGAUAAAGAUAGGCAUUAAGCAUGUCAAGGCAAGAAACUUGUUUUUUAUUCUUGCUACUGUGGUUAGAUGUAACUACUUGUUGAAUCCUUUCCUGAUACAGAUUCCAUGUAAGGGACGAGAUUCUGUACCAGAUAAUGAGUCUGUAAAUAUAUUUGUUCAUGAGGUUUUACAGUUCCUGUCCCGCAUGAGACAUUCAAAGCGGUAUAUUCUUGUUCAUUGCACUCAUGGGCACAACCGAACAGGAUUCAUGAUUAUCCAUUUCCUCAUGAGGACACAACGGCUACAUGUUUCUGAGGCAUUGCAAAGGUUUGCUCAGGCACGCCCUCCUGGGAUAUAUAAGCAAGACUAUGUUGAAGCACUUUAUAAGUUUUAUCAUGAAUGUCCUGAGAACAUUGUUUGCCCUUCUACUCCAGAAUGGAAAAGGUCAUCUGAUCUUGACUUGAAUGGUGAAGCCGUACAAGACGACGACGACGAUGAUGACGGUGACACUGGAUCUGGAUUGUGUGAGAAUGUGGAUAUUAAAAUUUUAACAAAUGAUGAUGUUCUAGGUGAUGCAAUACCUUAUGAUCAGCAAGAUGCAAUGCGCCACCUCUGUUACCAAUUCCUUGAUUUAAUGCCGCCUACGGGAAGAACAAACCCACAAUUUCCUGGUUCACAUCCAGUUUCUCUUAACAGAGAUAAUCUGCAACUACUAAGACAAAGAUACUACUAUGCUACAUGGAAGGCUGAUGGAACCCGCUACAUGAUGUUCAUUAACAGUACGGGAUGCUACCUAAUUGAUCGAAACUUCUGUUUUCGUAGGGUUCAAAUGCGGUUUCCCCUAAAGAAUGCUGCUGAGAGUUUCCAUAAUGAUACGUUGAUUGAUGGGGAAAUGAUUAUCGACCAAAUUCCAGAUGUAGGACAGAAGAGAAGAUAUUUAGCAUAUGAUUUGGUUGCAUUAAACGGUUUCUCCGUUAUGAAGUUGCCGUUUUCUGAAAGGUGGAAACUACUUGAAGAAGAAGUAAUUCGACCUAGGAAUUAUGAGAGAAAGCAAUUAGAAUCUGACAGCAAGGGACAUCCCAUUUAUAGAUAUGAUAUGGAGCCAUUUUCAGUUCGCAGGAAGGAUUUUUGGUUUUUGUCCACUGUUACUAAGCUUUUAAAGGAGUUCAUUCCAAGGCUUUCACAUGAAGCUGAUGGCCUUAUAUUUCAGGGUUGGGAUGAUCCAUAUAUACCACGUACGCACGAGGGUCUCUUGAAAUGGAAAUACCCAGAAAUGAAUUCUGUUGACUUUCUUUUCGAGGUUGGAAGUGAGAAUCGCCAAAUGCUUUUCCUGUAUGAGCGUGGGAAAAAGAAACUAAUGGAUGAGGCUCAGGUGUCAUUUCCAGGUGUGGAGGAUGCUCUUAACCUGUCCGGCAAGAUUGUUGAGUGUUCUUGGGAUCAAGAAGAGGGCUGCUGGACGUGCAUGCGCAUUCGAACAGAUAAAUCUACACCUAAUGAUAUCAACACAUACCGAAAGGUGAUGCGCAGCAUCAAGGACAACAUUACUGAAGAAGUGCUGCUAAACGAAAUAGCUGAAAUUGUGCGCCUCCCAAUGUACACAGAUAGGAUAGAACGAGCGCAGCAAAUUCAACACAGGCAAAGGUGAAAAAAGUGUUCUCUGUAAAGUAGUUUGAUGACCGAAGAUCAUUACAAAAUCACACGGGCCUCUAUCUUGUCGUACACACUGUGAUUUUGAUUCUUAAAGAACAUAAAUCAAGAAAUUCAACCCAAGCUUCUUUUCCAUUAGCCUCUGGUCCUCGAAGACCUAAAAUUUACCCUAGUUUUAUGAUCGACUUGCUGUCAGCAACUAGUAGUUGAUAUCUGUCAAGGAUGUCGAGCAGUUUGACGAUUGCAGACAGCUCGAUCAAAUCCUAAGCCAGCGGCCAUUGUAUAUACACUUUGUUAUACGUGAAGUAAUCAUUUUUCUUAUAUUGUCCUAGUGCCAGAUGAGGAAACAUAGAGUAAGUAUCCAAUGGUUGCUCUUCAUUUUCUUUUAUCUUCUCUAUGGAUGUUGGAAUGACAGUUGUCUUUUUUUUUUUUUAACUUUGUUCAUUUUGGCUCUCUUCCCCACCAUCAGAUCAAACGGGGUUGGAAUCUGAGCCGUUAAAUCUGUGGCCUACAAACAACUGUGGCAACUGACGGUGCAGUUGUCCAACCCGGUUUGAUCUGUCAAUGGGACGAACCUCCAUAUAUAGUAAAUUUGUGACCUUGAUAACUCUCAUCUCCUGGAUGUGCUCAGGUCAAGAAUGCAAAAUCUGGUAUGUUAUUUUCCUUCCUGUUAAUUUUGUUUUCAUGAAUCUGCUAUUAGUUUUAUUCAAGUUUGAGUUCUUGUUCAUUGUAUUGUAUUCAGGGUAUCCUAAAAAAAAAAAUGGAAAAGGUGGUGAUAAAAUGAAGCUUUGGCAUUUCAAGUUUCCAACAGUGGGGUACGAAGUUUUCAACCUUCUCCUUUGUCUAAAAGUAAAAAAAAGUGAAACAAAUAUUUAUUAUUACACUUUAUUGACACAAAUUUUUAGUGGUGGAUAGUGCCAAAAGUUGUAAUGGUUUUGUCGUAAAAUAGUUUCCAUGGAGGCAAUAGAAGAAUACUAGAGUUUUUCUCUUUAA